CAUCACAUCAUCAAACAACUGAAAACUGAAAUAAAUUUCCUAAUUUGUGUAUACCUAAUUGUGAUUGUGUGUGACACAGAUUUUCCCGGAAAGUAUGUUACAGGUUACAUUAUGUUUGGUCCAAAAUUUAAAAUCUACCUUUUACCAAGUGAGAAUUACAGCAGUAGUUGAAGCUUUCAACACCUCAGUAUUUAAAUGAGUAAUGUUGAGUUAAUCAAUAUGAACAGCAAUGAAUUAAUAGUGUGUGAUGUUCCCGAUGAAGAGAGUGUCGUUAAUGACAAGGGUGGCUGCAACAAGUUGCAAAACAAUAUUAAGACGCAUGCUACUGAUCCCCGAAAUAAUUCUGAUGAGUCUAUGAUUGUAAAUGAGGGUGUAAAUCAAAAAGUCUUACUUGGCCUCUGCAAAAAUGUGUGUGCUACCACCGAAAAAGAUUCAAAUAUAUUCCCUGGUGAGGAAAGGUGUUCAAAUGAGUUAAAUGAAAACUUUGCCUGUACACAGAAGGAAGAUAAAUGUUUAAAAUCCAAGCUGAAUUUUGAAAACAAAGAAAAGAAUCAUGCAUCUAAAGCGACCACCAAUAUGGUCAGUUUUGCAAAGGAGAACAUCACAAUGGAACAAAAUUCUAUUGAUAUUGAUAAUAAAACCAUUCUUGAUACUUCAGUAGGAAUACCACCAAAUGAGAAUGUUAUACAUUCUGUAGAUAUCGGAAAUGAACUAGUACAAGGAGACAACUCUCAGCCUGUUGAUUACUUUAAUAUUGUUCCGGAUCCAAACGAAUUUGAUUGGGACCAGAGGAAGAGUAGGCCUACGCCUCUGCAACAUUUUGCCAAUCUUAACCAAGCUGCUAAAGAGUUGAUUGCCUUAUCAGACAACUCAAUUGUAAUUUCAAACAGUAAUGCAAUUCCUCAAUCAGACAACAUUGUGUCAAGCAACUACUCAUUAUCUCAGCUUCUGCAAUAUGGAAGUGAUGAUGAUGAUGAGUGUUCAAUGGUAGAAGAUCUGCCUUUAGAUGUUCAGAAGUACAGAGAAAACAAUGUCGAGAUGGAGGAUUCAGAUGAUGAUUCAGAUUCAUCCACGAGUAGUUCUACUUCUAUCAUUAUUUCAGACUCAUCUUCAGACUCUGAAAGUGAAGAGGAGUGUGAUAACACCAUCAACAAACCAGUUUGUAAACCAAUCAAAGCCAGAGGAGAACUGGAUCUGUGUGAUCUGCCUCCUAUUGAAGAUUUGACUAUCAGUGUACCUGAAGAAGAGUGUAUUCCUGUUGGGAAAAUUUAUCAAAUAGUUGAUCAGCUUGUGAUUGUUCAGGCUAACAAAGACACACCCGCUUAUGAUUUGGACACAGUUCUAUUCACUCAAGGAGGCAAGCCGCUGGGUAAAGUGUUUGACGUUAUGGGACCAGUCACCGAGCCCUACUAUUGUAUUAGAUUCAACUCUAAAGAUCACAUCGAAGAAAAGAACAUUACGUUGGACCAGACAGUAUACGCUGCACCCAACACACAGUAUUCUAAGUUUGUUUUCCUGGCACAGCUUAUGCAACUAAAGGGGAGCGAUGCAUCUUGGGAGCAUGAUAUUGAGCCACCUGAAAUUUACCUUGAUUAUUCAGAUGAUGAACAAGAACAAAGAGCAAAGAAAAAGCAAAGAAACAAAAAGGCUACAUCCAAAGCUGAGUGUGAUGCAGAUGAACCAGCGAGGAAAAAGCAUUCAGCUUAUGAGAAAAAGAUGAACGCCAGAAACUUGAAAUUGUCUGCCGCUAGAAACAACCAAACCCCAAAUAGAUGUAGAAUGGAUGGAAAUGCUAUGUGGCAGCCGAACCUGCCCCCUAUGUGUAGUACUCCUCCUCCAGCCAGGGGAGAAGGGCUUCAUCAGAUGUUUGGCCGGCCACCGAUGUACGACAGGGUGCCUCUGUCCAAUCCUCGGUUUUUUACGCAACAUCGUACGAAUGAGUUUUCGCCUUACACCUAUAAUUGUGGUCCAAGCACUUCUCAUUCCAGGGGUCCUUCACCAGCGCACCAACACUUUCCCCCCGGACCUCAUGGAGCUUGCCAUUCCUCUGGCCCUUCCAACGGUUCAAGGAUUUCUUCAUAUCACAACUAUCCCUCUCACGGGGAAUCAAGAAAUCAUUUCCCAGAAACUCCUCCCGACCACUCAUCUUGGAACUCGUCUUUUCCCAACCCAAACCCACACUCGUUUCCACCGCGUCCUGUAAGUGGAUCUCCCUCAACUAGAGUUCCUACACCUCCUUAUCAGUUUCCCUCAGGACCAUUUACACCUCAAAGACCGCCUACUCCUAGACCUUUCUACAGAGGAUCUCAGUAUAACUUCAACCCUCCACCUCGUCCACCCCCUGGUAAUUUCUAUUAAAAAUGGUUCACUCCGUCUUCUAAAGACUCCACAAACAUGCAAGUGUAAAGUUAUGAUUGUUGAAGAAAUGUGAAAUGUUUAUCUCUUUUUACCGAUCGAUGUCUUAAAAUACAACUUUUAACUAACAGUACGGCCAUAUUGUACGAUUGUAUGAUGUUUAUAAGUUUGUUACUUACUUAAUGUUCAAGGUGUAUAUGGAGGUUUAGGCAUUUAUUGGAUACUAUUUAUUCACUUUUCAUUUGUUUAAAAUGUGUUUAGGUUGUGCCUCAAUAAUUUUAUUCGUAACUGAAUAUUGUGUAAAUACUACACAAUACAUGAGAAAUGUGAUUGAUGAAUGUGGAAAAGAGCUUUAUAAAUAGUAAAAAAUGGGAUAUAUUUUUCCAUUUAAUUUUCUUCAAUACUGGUGCUCUUAGAAGACUAAUAAUGUAUGUGAUAACACAUAUUGUUUUCCUCUAGAUUUCUUUUGAGUUUGGUUUUUAGUUUCUUGGAAAGUCUUCCCCUGGUUUUCAUAAAGUAUAACCUCAUAUUUAGUAGUUUAGACAUUAUUUUUCAUUGUGCUACUUCAAUAGAAAGCCAAGUUGAGUUUUACAGUUUACUUCAUUAAUGUUAGUUGUUCAUUUGUUCCAUCUUUAAGCAAUUUUCAACUGUCACAGAAAAGUUGUACGAUAUUCUCAAGGGAUCUUUAGAAAGAGGUCCUGACUAUAUAAUAAAAUAAAUACUAUUUUCAAUACACUGAAAUCAAUAUAUCCAAAUCAAUUUCAGUUAAUUAAUUGGAUUUUGGUGGCUCAUCCAACACGAUUAAAUGAAAGUAAAUAAGUGUUCAGCGGUAUUCUUUUCUUUUAAAGCCUACAUAUUUUUGGCACAGUCAGAUGAAAGGGACAAUACGUAGGUGAAGGUUUUGAUGCAGCUUCUUAACUGAUAUAAAAGCUUAACUAUGUUUUAAGACAGUGACAAUAUUAUCAUGUAAUGUAUAUAACUGGCCUAAAAAAAAGGCACUGAAUAAGUCUGGACCACAACAGUUUUUGAUAUAGUCCAUUUGUUUAAUAAUUUUGAGGUGUGUUAAAAAUAACGAGAAUUUUCUUCUUUUUUUAUUUUAUAUGUUUACAUUGAUGUUGUUGCAUUCAAUAUAGUCUAAUAGUCCCCUAAUGAUUGGCCUUAUGUCAGUGCUUAUUCCAAUCCCUAAAUCACUUCUCAAACUCAAUUUUUGAGAUACACUAAGUAAUUUCAGAGAUGUACUUUUAAAUGUUAUAUACAGCUUUAAAACAGCCCUUUAAGCUUCUCUUUAUCUUAGGAAACAGGAAAUGUCACAUGGAGCCAUGUCUGACAAAAAUAGAGGCUGAGGCAUCAAUGCAGUAUUGUUUUUGGCAAAAAUUCACAAACAAGUAAUGAAGUGUGAACAGGUGCAUUGUCGUGAUGCGAAUGCUGUUUUGUCAACCAGGCUUUUUUUAUUAUUGCUUCACCCAAACAACGUUGAACUAGUAGGUGAACUCUGGCCUGUUGGCAGGAAUCAUGAUUCACAAUACCAUUAAAAUUGAAGAACACUGUGUCAACCACACUUGUUUUUUUUUUUUGUUUUUUUUGUCUUGGUGAGCCAGAAUGCAUACACUGGGAUGAUUCGAUGAUUGAGCCUUAGUUUUGGUAUCAUAUCUGUAAACCCACGUUUUGUCACUUGUUAUAAUACAUUUAAGUAAAUCUACAUUGUUUUCGACUUCUGCCUGUGACGUGUUUCAUCCCCAAAGCAUUUGACCAAGUCAGAGACUUCUAUAAUUGUGAUUCAACAAUCGUGCAUGACCAAUUCUUUGACUUUUUCCAUGUUCCCAUCAGUUGUUGAUGUGUUGUGGCGCUCGUCAUCUUGAACGUCUACCCAGCCAUCUUGGAAACCUUAUACCAUUUGUAAACUCAUGCUUUGCUCAUAGCAAACUCGCCAUUGGCCUUUGUUAACAUUUCAAAAAUUUUGAUUUACUUCAUUCAAUUUUUAAAACAAAAUUUGGUACAAAUUCUUUUAACAAACAAAACUCACUCGAGCACAUAAAAAACUUCUAACUUAAUUAGCUGUUACGGAUAUAUUUUAUCAUACUUCGGAAGCCUGUAGCCUAUAUUGUAUAUAUCAACAUAAUAAACAAAUUUUACAACCAAGCCUGCAAAAUUUAAUAAUUCCCUUUAUUUUUUAACACACCUCGUAUUUGUACCAUUAAUUCUUUACAUUUCAUUACUGUACUAACCUGGCGCUGUUCUAACCAUAUAUUAUUUUACCUAUUUUGAGUUAAGUAUGGAACAAAUAUUAAACAAAAAAAUAUGUUUAAGCCAACACAUUCUUCUUUUAAACUGAAAUACUACUUGAUUUGUUAUCAUGUUCUAUUUUAAGUACUAUUGAAUAAAUAAAGAAUG